CCCAACGUCCAUCUCCGCACCACCAUUGCAGCACUUGCCACUGCGAGAGCGAGAGUGAGCAAGGAGUAGACCAAACGUACGUACGACGACGGCCAUGGCGAUGAGGAAGGAGGUCCUCCUUGCUGCCAUGAUGCUGGCGGUGGUGGUGGCGGCGCCGGACGGGGUGCGCGCGGCAUGCGAGGUGGGGCAGCUGACGGUGUGCAUGCCGGCGAUCACCACGGGCGCCAAGCCGAGCGGCGCGUGCUGCGGCAACCUGCGCGCGCAGCAGGCGUGCUUCUGCCAGUACGCCAAGGACCCCUCCCUCGGCGCCUACAUCCGCAGCCCCCACGCGCGCGAGACGCUCGUCUCCUGCGGCCUCGCCGUCCCCCACUGCUAGGCGCCUAGCGAGCGCGUAUGGCUCAGCUAUAGGUAGGCUACCUCCGUCGUCCAUGAGAGAUGAGAGAGACUAUAAUAGCUUAGCCUAGCUGAGACCUGAGAGAGUGCAUGCGUCAUGCACGCGCGCAUGUUUCUGUCCGAUCCAUGAUGCUGCAAUAAAAUGUUGGGUGAUGAUCGGUGCUUGAAUAAAAUGAGUUUUCCUACCUUC